AUGUUUACGAUUCAAGUGGACAAAACAUACCAGCAAAUUAUGAAACUAUUUUGCCGAAUGGGAAUAUGGCAAAGUGACGAUGAGUCGCAUUUCCGUAGAAUCGGCAAGAAAUUAUCCUACACCUUUUUCAGUGCUUUGUUCCCGAUAUUCUUUGCAUCAAAUGCAUUUCUAUGUACCGAUCGAAGUGAAUCCAUUCUUUCAGUGCUGGUUGCAAUUAUAACGUCGGUUAUAUACGUGAAAUUUUUGUACCUUCUGUACAAGAAACCAGAAAUCCUCGCAUUCUUAUCUGAUCAGACGGUUGUUCAUUCAAUUGAAAAUCAUGAAGAAUAUGACCGAAUGAACGAAAAGAUAAAAAAAUUUAUUGGAUUCGUACGUCCAUAUUGUGUGGCAGUAUUUGCAACUGUUCCUUUGCUCCUUGUUUGGAAGUUGCCAAUGUUCUCCGCCGACAAAACUUUGCCUUAUUUUAUCAGUUUUUCGUGGAACGAUUCAGAAAUCAUCUAUUGGUUGGCGUAUAUGUUCUUGUCACUGCAAACUCCCUUGUACGUCAUAGCGAACUUAUUUACACCACUAGUUUGGUACAUCAUGCUGAAUUAUUCCAUCGAGUACGAAUUGCUGGGAAAUAAAUUCAGAAAAUUAGGAAUGGGAAAGAAAACUGACGGGACAAGAUCCAAGAACCAGAAGAACUUGAUAGUUUCGCAACGAAGUAUGUUUGAUGAGGACUUAAUUGUUCUAAUAAAAGCUCACCGUAAAUUGGCAGAAACAAUUGAACGAUGCAGGUCCUGUUUCUCAGCAUUAUUUUUGGGUCAAAUCACCACCAGCAGCAUUUGUAUUUGUGCUUCAGCCUAUUGCUUAGCCUUUGCUUCGACGGAGAAUAUUCUUCAAACAGAAAUGUAUGCUAGCAUGUUGCUGUAUGGAAUUUUUGACAUUUUUUUGGUUACAUACCUGGCAAACGAAAUUACCGUUGCGAGCAACCGAUUAUCUUACUGCUUAUUUGAGUCAAAUUGGGUCGAGCGAGCUGAAUCAGGCAAAAAAUACUUUCUCAUCAUGGGUGAAGUGUUAAAACAGCCGCAACAACUAGUGAUCUUGAUAUAUCCAAUGAACUUAGGAACUUUUAUGAAGACAAUCAAUGGUGCAUACAGCAUGUUCAACAUCAUAAAAAACUUCAAGUGA